AUGCCUAUAGCUCCCAACGCCAACAGUUUAGAACUGAGAAACGAUGGGCUGGAUGACCUUUUCCAAACCAGGCAAGUGGAUGCCACCAAAAUCAACAUGAGCUGGAUGACCUACGAACUCUGCAAUGCCCUCAUGAUCAAGCUACACAACAUUUGUGUCAUCUUUGCGGAUAAACUGAAGGGCACUAAAGAGUACUAUGGCAUACCAAUGUUGCCUGAGCCUUCCAAGGCUAAAGAUCCAGAGCAGCGCUUUCUAUUAGUUGGGCUGAAUGUUACAAAGGAGAAAUCUAUCACGCUUGCACUAGAUGUCAACAAUGUAUAUGUGGUGGGUUAUCUUGAUGCUUAUCAAGAUAGAUAUCGAGCUCAUGUCUUUUCCGAUGCUUCUGAGGUUGCAAAGGAUUCUCUUUGGAAAGAUGCAAAAGAACGCUUACUUAUUAAGUACCCAAGUAGCUAUGGAGGAAUAGAAGGGAAAGAUAAUCCUCGACAAAAAGUUGAACUAGGGAUUGAAAAGCUAAAAUUUGCCAUCCUUUCUGUCUUUGGGAAGCAACAGAUCAAGGAGAAUCUUGAGGCCAAACUUCUUCUACUUUCAGUCCAGAUGGUGUCGGAGGCCACACGGUUCAAAUAUAUUGAGAAAAUGAUACUCAAUAGUAUUGAACGAAAGGGAACAUACAAAUCUUUUUUCCCUAAUCCCUUAGUGAUUAGCUUGGAGAACGGCUGGCAAGACCUCUCUAAAGGUGUUCGAAACUCCAAUAAAGGAGUCAUUUCUCGAGCAGUUCAAUUAAUAGAUCCCAACAAUAAACCCUUCAAAGUUGACAAAGUGCAAGCUAAUCCCCAACAAGGGUCUAGUGCUAUGGCCAUCUGUCUCAUUGCUUUUGGUGCCUUUUCUUAUGGCAUGUACCAAUUUGGAAAGAGCAACAAGAGCAUUAGCAUUAUGAGAUGGAAAUCUUAUUUGGGUUGUCUUAUUUUGAUUGUGUUGUUGAUGGGUCACAACUCGGUUUUUGUUGUUUAUAAAGAUGGUAGGUACAAAGCAACUGCCAAGUUCAUUGACUGCACUUUGUAUUUGAGUUUUGUAACCCUUAACAAGCAAAAGAAUGUGCUAAUCGAUACUGAUCAUGUUGGCUAUGUUCGUCAAGCUAUUUUUACUAACAUUCUAGAAAAUGGCUUGUUGAAGAAAUGUGUGAGCUAUGAUGAAGAAAAAGCAUGCAUUUCUUCUUGA